AUGCAUAUUACAGGAUACCCUUCAAGAGAUUUGCGAGUACAAAUUGCGGAAGAUGAAUGGAAAUAUGCUUUAGAUAUGUGGAUUAGAUGUAUUGAAUACUUUAUGGGUAUUUCAGAUGCAGAAUUUGAAUGUUUACUUGAUGAUGUGGAAAGUGAAUCUUUAUAUAUAUUUAUUAAAAAUUAUUUGGAUGCGCAUACACCAAGGAAAUGUGUUAAGCUAUUGGACAAUAUUGAUAAUGAAGAGGAUGAUCUGCUGGAAAAGAAUCUAUUUUCAUUAUUAUAUAGGAUUUUUACUUUAGAACGACCAACUACACAUAUUUUUAAAAUUCCUUUUGUAAUAUUUGAUUUCUGUACACUUUUUGGAUUUAGUAGUGCAACAUGUGUCUAUUUUGCUUUGGAAAAUGUUUAUAAAUAUGCAAAAAAAGAAGUAUUUUUGCAGAUACAAAAUGUUUAUGAAAAUUUUCGGGAAUUAAUGGAUAAACUUGUUUCUUUAAAGGAUAAGGAGCUAUUAGAGGAUCCAAUGAUGUACAGGGUUGCUUUUCGAUCGUUAAUAGUAUUUAUUCAGUUUUGUUUUCCGGCUACUUGUGUAUUUUUACAAGAUGAAGAAUUUUUACGAUUAAUGAUACGUCUUUAUCAUGAGAGUUCUGUCGCAGAUGAGAUGAAAUCUGAUUUUUUGUGUUUAGUAUAUACGCUUUUUACCGCUUUUCUUUCGGAAAAUGAAGCGCGUUUGUUAAUUAUUAAAAGAUUUAUGUGGUUAUAUGAACAAUUGUCAUUAGAAACUGCACUUUUGCAUGAUCUUGUACUUGAUACAUCAAUUGUUGAACGUUUUUAUGAGGUCGAGUUAUUUUCUGAAGAAAUUAUGUCACAACUUAGGGUUUUAAGAGAAAAUAAUGAGAUAAAUAAUUCAAAAAAAUCCUUAGAUUCUUCCUUGGAUCCGUCAAUUAAACGAUUAUCUUUGAUAUCUCAUAUUAAAGAUAUAUUUCCUGAUUAUAGUGAAGAAUUUAUUGAAUCUUUCCUUAAGGAAUAUUGUGAUGAUGUUGAAGCAGUAAUUGCUCGUAUUUUGGAAGACUCUUUUUCAUCGAACAUUCCUUCAGUAGAUAAAAAGGCUUCUAAUUUUAAAUUAAAUGACGGGGGAUUGUCAAAACAUGUUUCAAAAAUGUUAGUUGAUCAGACAGAUGAUACGAAUAUGUUUGUAGAUCAUCCUAAAAUAUAUAAAGGGAAAAAAAUUUUUGAGACAGCAGAUGAUAUAUUAAAAGACAAAUCAUUUAUUCGUGAAUAUAAACAAACUAUAUUGGACUUGGAGCUUCUUAAUCAAGAUGAUGAAAGAGAUGAUACUUAUGAUAAUGUUGAUGGAUUUAUUAAUUUAGAAUCAUAUGAAGAAAAGAGCUCUAAUAAGUUGAUGAAUAAUAUGGAUGAAAUGUUAUAUUUAACAUAUAUAAUAUCACCUGAGGUUUUUGAACGUGGUUCUCAUAUUAGAAGAUCUUCUGCUAGAAUAGAGCUUCGUUCAAAAACAGGUUUGUCUGAUGAACAAAUUGAAGGUUGGAAAAUCAUGUUGGAUAGGAAUCCUAAACGAAUAGAAAAGCUUGAAAAUAUGUUCAAGUUUUAUGACGAUAAUAAUUUAAUUUCUUUAGAAAGUGAUCAAAAUGAUAAAUUCAAUAAAAAUUCCCGAAUUUCUCAAUUUUCAUAUAAGAAAGGUAAAAAAAAUAAAUAAAAUAUUUAAAAAAGGUAUCAUGUUAGAAUAUUUUUUAAA